GUCUCGAGACACAGAGCCAAUCAGCCUAAACAAGAAACAACACCCGAGCUCUUCGGUCCAUUGGCGCUCCAGCUUCGUUCUGCAUCGCCUACUCCAGCCUCCUCGCCCCUUCGAUCUCGGUUGAUAGCCUGACAUGGCGUUCGCUGAGGUAUGUGUGCUCCAUGCAUGGUAGCUAACAGUAAUGGUACUCUGUUCUACUACAUGUUAUGUUACUUAUUAUGCAUGCAGCCACUACAUUUGUUUUUCAGUACCAUGCCAUUACAUUUGUUUUUUUUUCCUCUCACCUAUAUGUGGGAGACAACCUGAACUGGAAUGAAAACAUGACAUAAGUUGGUGCCCAAUCUUGGGUUCUGUCACGUAUGUAAUCCAGGGUAGCUUGCUCACCAACCACGUGAAAUCAUGUUUCUUUGCAAACUACAACAACUUGAUGUGGGUUUUGUGGCCAAAAGAUGUGCUCGAUGCACUCAUGUCCAAGGCACCUGUCACUGGCUCCUCAUUCCUUCCUUUAAAGCGAAGCAUCCAAGCAAACCCAGAGCAACAGAUGUCUUAGGUGCAUUCCCCGAGCUGUCCGCCGCCCAUCCAACUGCUCUGAUGGUGUCCUCGACAUCACAUCCGUCGCCGGCUCGCCGCUCGCGAGCCUGCGUUCUCCUCUCGAUCCGACACACACUGUGCACACGACAUGUGUCGUCUCUGCCUCAUUGCCUUGGUUAUCAUGUGUGUCGCGCGCAGGAGGAGACGGCUCACUUUGGCAUGAACCUCGUCGACGGCCACUGCGACUCGGAGGACGGCCUCGCCGGCUGGGCUCCGUCGGGCUCGUGCACGCUCUCCGCGCACGCCGAGGACCCGCCGGCGGCCGACGCGCUCCCUCCGCCGCUGGCAGCCACGGCGGACGGCGACGACGACGAGGAGGAGGAGGAGGCGGUCUGGCGCGCGCGCAAGCCCAGCGGCCGGUACGUCCUCGCGGCGCACCGCAGGGACGAGAAGGACGGGCUGUGCCGGGCGCUCUCGCGCGCGCCGAGGCCCAAGGUCACGUACCGGGUGGCCGGGUGGGUCGGCGUGGGCGGCGGCGGCGCGGAGGGCUCCCACGCCGUGCACGUCGAGGUCCGCGUGGACGACCACCGCCGGGUCGGCGGCGGCGUGGUCGUCGUCGAGCCCGGGAAGUGGGGCGACAUCAAGGGCUCGUUCCGGGUCGACGACGACGAGCCGCCGCGCGGCGCCAAGGUGUACGUGCACGGGCCGCCGGCCGGGGUGGAUUUCAAGGUCAUGGACCUGCAGGUGUGCGCCGUGAACAAGAUCCCAAGGCUCAGGCACCUCAGGAAGAAGGCUGACAGGGUGCGCAAGCGUGACGUGGUUCUGAAGCUCAGCAGCCGGGGGGCGGAGGACGGCGUGUCGGGCGUCGCCGGAGCGCGCAUCCAGGUGAUCCAGGUCCAGAACAGCUUCCCCAUCGGGUCGUGCAUCACCAAGGCGGGCAUCCAGAACCCCGCGUACGUGGACUUCUUCACCAGGCACUUCGACUGGGCCGUGCUGGAGAACGAGCUCAAGUGGUACUACACGGAGGCCGUCCAGGGGCUGGUGAGCUACGCCGACGCCGACGAGCUCAUCGGCUUCUGCGACCGGCACGGCAAGCCGGUGCGCGGGCACUGCAUCUUCUGGGCGGUGGAGAACGCCGUGCAGCCGUGGGUCCGCGCCCUGAACGGCGACCAGCUCCGCGCCGCCGUGGAGGCCCGGCUGCGCGGCCUGGUGUCGCGCUACGCCGGGCGGUUCCCGCACUACGAGGUGAACAACGAGAUGCUGCACGGCGCCUUCUUCAGCCAGCGCCUUGGCGACGACGUGAACGCGCACAUGUUCCGGGAGACGGCGCGGAUCGACCCGGCGCCGGCGCUGUUCGUGAACGACUACAACGUGGAGAGCGCCAACGACCCCAACGCGACGCCGGAGAAGUACGUGGCGCUGGUCACGGACCUGCAGCGGCGCGGCGCGCCGGUGGGCGGCAUCGGGAUCCAGGGCCACGUGACGCACCCGGUGGGGGACAUCAUCUGCGACGCGCUGGACAAACUCGCCGCCACGGGGCUCCCCAUCUGGGUGACGGAGCUGGACGUGUCGGCCGCCGACGAGGCCGUGCGCGCCGACGACCUGGAGAUCGUGCUCAGGGAGGCGUUCGCGCACCCAGCCGUGGAGGGCGUCAUGCUGUGGGGGUUCAUGCAGGGCCACAUGUGGCGCUCCCACGGCCAGCUCGUCAACGCCGACGGCAGGCUCACCGAGGCCGGCAGCCGCUUCGCGGGGCUCCGCCGGGAGUGGACGUCGCACGCGAGGGGGAAGGUGGACGCCGACGGGACGUUCAGGUUCAGGGGGUUCCACGGCACGUACCAGGUAUUCCUCACGACGGCCGCCGGCGAGGUGAAGAAGCAGACGUUCGACGUCAAGAAGGGGGACGUGCCGCUCGUGCUCGACAUGAAUUUCUAGCCUUCUUCUCGCUCCGGAUGUACACACAUUGGUCACGGUGAUUGCGAUUUACGACAAGGAUUAUUAGUACCAUUUACUUAUUCGUAUAUUGGGAUUGGGGUGAUGCAUAUAGAUAUUAGUAUUGCAGGGGUGAAGAAAAAAAAGUAUGUAUCUGUAGUAAUGGAAGUGUGUAGAAGCUUGGUAUUGUACACGGUAUUUAUUAAUGAAAAACAGACUGCACUGAAUAAACGAACAAUUUGUAUUUUC